GCCACUCUUCUCAAUCCUAGCGAUGAUGGCGUCCCGACACCCAUGAGCAAGCAGAAAAAGAGGAGGAAGAAAGAAAGGAAGAAAGAAAGAAAGCGAGGCCCCUUUCAGGAUCGCGAUGAUUAAUUUUUGCUUCGGACUUCAAUUCGUUCGUCUUUUGUUGUUGAUAUGUCUGGAUCAUUGACUUUGUAUUGGAGGUUGGGGUAAGGCGCAGGUGCCUCCAUCCAUCCGUUCAUCUAUCCGUCCAUCCAGCGCAGUGGAGGGGCCGGGCCGGCCCGAUGGCUGCUGGGGGAGGUGGAGGAGGAUGCGGGGAGUCGGUGGAUCAUUACCGGGCGGAGGUGGAGCGGCUGACCCGCGAGCUCGUGGAGGCGAACCGGGAGAAGGUCCGGGCGGCGGAGUGCGGGCUGGCGGUGCUGGAGGAGAACCAGAGCCUCAAACAGCAGUAUGCGGAGCUCGAGGCCGAGCAGGAGACCCUCCGACAGGAGCUGGAGCAGCUGCAGGAGGCAUUCAGCCAGGCGUACACCACUCAAAGGAAGGUGGCUGAAGACGGGGAGACCAAUGAGGAGACGCUGCUGCAGGAGUCGGCCACUAAGGAAGCGUACUACAUGGGCCGCCUACUUGAGCAGCAGGCCGAGCUGAAGAGCAGCCGAUCACAGGCGUCCUGCACGGAGGCCGAGAACGAAAGACUCAGCACCAUCCUACAGGAGCUGAGAGAGAGUAAUGAGAUGUUGGAGUUGCAGAGAAGCCGCAUGAGAGAGGAGAUCAGGGAGUAUAAGUUUAGAGAGGCCAGAUUACUGCAAGACUACACUGAACUGGAGGAGGAGAACAUCUCGCUGCAGAAACUGGUGUCCACGCUCAAGCAGAACCAGGUGGAGUAUGAGGGCUUGAAGCAUGAAAUCAAAGUUCUGGAGGAGGAAGCAGCCCUGCUUAACAGCCAAUUAGAAGAUGCGCUGCGCCUGAAGGACAUCUCUGAGACCCAAUUGGAGGAGGCUUUGAAUUCUCUGAAAAGCGAGCGAGAACAGAAGUAUGCUCUGCGCAAGGAAUUAGCACAUCAUCUAACCGUGUGCGACGGGGGUUUCAGCUCAGGCUGUGCCCACCUGAUCGCCCUGACCUCAGCGCCACCUAGUGGCAGUGCCACCCCGACAGCCGCCACAUCGCCCAGCAGCGAAGACGGUGGCAAGUGCAACGGGCAUCUGCUUCAAGGUGCGGCGGGAUCAGUUUUGAGCCGACUGAACGGAGACUUCAGGCCAUCGAGUUUGAGGAAGACUGAAAUUCUGACCCCUGACCUCUUUAGUGAGCUCAAUGGCCCUGAAAACCUGAAACUAAGACAACAGCUUCAGCAGGUGGAACGUGAAAAAGCGUCUUUGCUCAACAGCUUGCAGGAAUCACAGGCUUUGCUCCGUCACACACAGGGGGCGCUGACGGAGCAGCACGAGAAGGCCAGUCGCUUGGGCGAGCGUUUCCGAAAACUCCGCCGCCAGCGCAGCAGCAAGGAAACCAAGGGGGAAGAGGAGGACGAAGAAGAGGAGACAUCAUGCGUCCCUAGCGGCCAGGAAGGGCCGAGUCUGGAAUUGCUGCAAUGUAAAUACAGGGUGGCUGUGACAGAGGUGGUUGGACUGAAGGCGGAGCUUAAGGAGGUAAAGGAUAGAUAUAAUGAGUGCGUGGAGGCAAGAGCACGGGCGGAGGAGCAGGGCAAGGCGCAGCUGCAAGCAUUGGAGACUCAAGUGGUGCAGCUGGAGCGCAGCUGCAGGGAAAGCCGGGAGAUGGUGGUGAAUCUGGAACGCAAGCUGCGGGCAGCCAAUAACACAACCUUGGAGACGCAGGGAAUCCUGGGAACUGCCCAAGAAGAGCUGGCGACAUUCAGUGAGGAGUUAGCGCAACUUUACCACCACGUCUGCCUGUGCAACAAUGAGACACCAAACCGCGUUACGCUGGAAUACUACCGGCAGGGCCGAAUGCCAACGCGCAUUUCCACCCCUGGCCACAAGGGGCAGGACGAUCACCGUGUGCUGUUGACCCCGCGUCUCGCACGUCGUUUGGCGGCGAUUAAUGCCGCAACGUCUGCCGGGUCUCGUAGCCCGUCGGACUCACCAUCCAAAGAACCUCUCACUGCUGAGCAGAGCCCAGUCCGUACGCCACUGGGUUCACCCGUCGUUAGUGCCUCUUCCUCGUCUUCAUCAUCAUCCCCAGCACCCGAGUCGGCCACGGGGUCCGACCUCCGCCGUGAACCCACCAACAUCCACCACCUCAACGCCAUCAUCCGUGACCAGAUCAAGCACUUGCAGAAGGCGGUGGACCGCUCGCUCCAGCUGUCCCGCCAGAGAGCGGCCGCUAGCGAACUCGCCCCGCUGAUGGACAAGGACAAGGAGGCCUGCAUGGAGGAGAUUCUCAAGCUCAAGUCCCUCCUGAGCACAAAGAGGGAGCAGAUCGCAACCUUGCGCCUUGUGCUCAAAGCCAACAAGCAGACGGCUGAGGUGGCUCUGGCCAACCUGAAGAGUAAAUACGAGAACGAGAAGACAAUGGUGACUGAGACCAUGAUGAAGCUGAGGAACGAGCUAAAGGCCUUGAAAGAGGAUGCGGCCACCUUCUCUUCCCUCAGAGCCAUGUUCGCCACACGGUGA